ACCUCUUUGGAGUCUGAUAUUCCCACCAAGUCUCUCGUAGACUAUGCAACCUGACCGGACCAAACAAACACAAACCAUUCCACAGGGAACUCUCAGAGAGAGAGAGAGAGAGAGGAGACCCUGAUUAAACCAAGCCGAAUAGCUCCAAACCGGUGGCGAACUCCGAAGUUGAAAGUUGGCGUUAUUGGUGAAUAAACGACUAAGAAGGAUAAUGAUAGGAAUAAGGAUCGCGAUGGAGGCGUUGGGGGACGCUUUUCAUUUCGUUCGCUCUGUAGAAUUCUGGAGAAUGGCAGUGUUUUGGACAAUCUCUCUCCUCAUUUCCUAUUGGCACCUAUUGUUUGCUCCCAAUUCUAAGUCCUAUCCUCGUUGCGCCCCUGCAACCUCUUCUAUCAAUAUAAAGCCCGUCUGCAUUAUCACCGGCGCCACAUCUGGGUUGGGUGCGGCCACUGCUUAUGCUCUUUCAAAGCAAGGGUUUUGCGUUGUUCUUGUUGGACGGUCCUCCCAUUUGUUAUCGAAGAUGGUGGGAGAUAUAAAAAGUAGGAAUAAGGAUGCCCAUCUCAAACCUUUUGAAGUUGACAUAUCAUCCUUCCAGUCAAUUUUGAACUUUAAGGGCUCCCUUCAGCAGUGGCUUUCAGAUUCAAAAAUGCAUUCUUCAAUUCAAUUAUUGAUUAACAAUGCUGGGAUACUAGCAACAUCAUGUAGACUCACAGCUGAAGGCUAUGAUCAGAUGAUGGCUACGAAUUACAUUGGUGCAUUCUGUCUGACCAAACUUUUACUACCACUUCUCACAAACAGCCAUGUUCCUUCCCGGAUUGUGAAUGUUUCAUCAUUUACGCAUCGAUCUGUUUUUAAUAUGCAGGUUGACAAGGAAACUGUUUCUGGGCAGUGCUUUAUAAGAUCAAAACACUAUCCAUAUGCUCGUAUUUAUGAAAACUCCAAAUUAUGCCUACUGCUGUUCUCCUAUGAGCUUCACCGGCAGCUUGAUUUGAUGGAAAAAUCUCAUCAGGUCUCUGUCAUUGCUGUGGAUCCUGGAACAGUGGAAACCAAAAUUAUGCGGGAAGUGCCUUCAUGCCUUUCCUGUGUAGCGUUUAUAGUGUUGAAACUUCUGGGCCCCUUGCAAUCACCUGAAAAAGGCAUCAGCUCUAUUCUUGAUGCAGCCCUUGCCCCACCAGACAUAUCUGGAGUAUACUUUUUUGGUGGAAAUGGUAGAACUCUCAACUCUUCUGCACUGUCGCGCAACACCAAACUUGCACAGGAACUUUGGAACACUUCAUGUGAUCUGUUUUUGCAGUCGCAACUUUUUGUUUAGGAAACUUCCGCUUGAGGAUUGGAUUGCGAUAGGGAGGGAUUCUCAGAUUCUCUUCGUCAACUGAAAGAACAGAGAAAGAUUAUGCAUCUGAAAUGGUGGCAGUUAGCUUGUACCUAGGGGGUUGACUGCCGGCUCCUUGAUAUGUGUUAUCACUUCUUGCGUCAUGGAUGUUUUGGUAAAUGAAGAUCUGUAAUUGGAACUUGUUUACAUUUAAGCCUUGGUGAAAGCCUUGAGAGCUUUUCAGGAAUCAUGGUUAUUUAAAGCAAGGCUGACAGAAGAAAUGUGCAGCACAGCAAUGGAAGCCAAAGAGAGACAUCAUCUUUGGGACAGGUUUGUGUUGCCUGUGGGUAAAAUCAAGACGCAAGUGGAGGUGGAGUCCAUAUUAAUAAAAAAAUUUGGUAUACAAGUUUUCGCCUGCAUAUCUGAAAAAUUUUGGUGUUAGAGUCGGUGAAAGAGUACGAGAGUGUCAAGUGAAUGCACAUAGUAGCAGUUCACUUGCAUGCCAUCUCUUUUGUGAAUGCAUAUGUUGUAGCAAAUGAAUGAGCUCGUUUCAUUUUUUUUUUCCAGGGAUUUUAGAUGUACUUUAUACAAGGAAUGUUUAAAAAUGCAUGUGAAAAUUUUAUGCAUUUUAAACACAUAUUGGUUUAAUAAAUUGGAUUGAAAAAUUCUCUAUUUUAGUUUGGAGAAGAACUGUCCUAAAAAGUUUAGCUUUUUUUAUUUUUUUAUUUUUGUGCCAAUGAAGAAGAGCAAAACUAAUUAAACAGGCAUCGAUUUAUUGCGAAGUAAUGAAUUAUGAGCAUCUUGAUUUUUUGGAAUAAUUUCAUAGCCGAAUUCUGAAAAUGUAUAUUGUAAUUUUUAAUAUUUUCAACAUUUAUCGAUCUCAAUACUAAAAAUAAUCGAAUUGUGGUGGAGUCCAUGUGAGUAACUCGUUCUCCUCCUUACGAGUAAUGAAGAAUUAUGAAGGGUUUCUCUCUAGUUUCGAGUUGUACCCUGUGCGAGCCUGUGGUGUGGUGAUAGUGUUAAGAGGCUGACACCCGAAGUAGAAGAAGCAUAAGCAGUGACGAGUGGAGUUGGAAGAACUCGGGAGCAAAGGAGAGUAGAGUAGACGUGCUUGGGUGGUGGUGGAGCUUCUUGGAGUGGAGGUUUUGGCACAAUGAUUUCUGUUCAUACAUUCGUGAGGCAUUUCUCACGGAAGCGCGCAGAGAAUCUGAGGAAAAUCAACCCGAAGAUGACCCCUCAAGAGGCCUCUUCCAUUGCUCAAGACCUCUACCAUGUCAUCAAGCAAUGUGGCCCUCUCACCGUCUCCAACGCUUGGAUUCACGCCCAGGAAUCUGGUAUUAGUGGAUUGAACAGCAAGACACAUCUGAAGCUAAUGCUCAAAUGGAUGAGGGGGAGGAAGAUGCUGAAUCUGCUCUGCAACCAAUUUGGUUCGAGCAAGAAAUUUCUGCUAACUACUUUGCCUGAAGAGCCUGAAACUGAACAAGUGAAAAGUCCCUCUAGUCCGAAACUGCAGACUGAAAAGCCUUCCAUAAAGCGAAAGAAAGCCAACUAGAUAAGAUGCAUGUAUCAGGGCCUUUCCAGCGGAUCGGUACACAAAUGGGGAGCUCGCUGCUUAUGAUCCAUUGUGACAUGAGUGCCUCUUUCAGAUGAUGUGUGUUUCAGUUUAACGUCUUUCGAUCAUCACGAUUGCUGCCAAAAACUUCUUUUGCUAAUAAUAUGUUAGGCUUUUGUACGCUUCCCAAUUUUCCCCUUCCCCUUUACUAUGCAUUUAGAUCCAGUCUGUUGAUUAGCAUGCUCUGGUGGGAUUUAGAAUGAAAAAAUUUGGAUCAUCACAGAAUACUUAAAAGAGUGUUGUACGUUAUGAAAUUCAGCAUAAUUAAAUGCUCUUUUUGUAUCUUAUAACUCAUGGUGUGUCCAACCUCUCUUGAAAGUAUCCUCCAAGAACUAUUGGCUAUAUUUUCGACUUUAAAAGUUAUUUCUAAAUUUUGGUUAUAUUUAUGAAGCAUUGGAUAUAUGAUU